AUGUUAGAUAUAACAAAAGUUAACUUAGAUAAAUUAAUGAAUACAAUAUUGGCAUUUAAGAAUUGCGAAGAUAACUAUAUGAACCCAAACAAUGCAAAUUUCUCAGUUAAUAACAUAGACAUAAUUGGUAGUAAUGGCAAUAGAACUAGUGAAGUAGAAAUGUUUGAACCACUUAAUACAUAUAGAACUAGUGAAGUAGAAACAUUUGAACCACCUAAUACAUCUAAACCAUCUAAAACAUCUAACACACCUGACACAAAUA